AUGUUUGCGCGGCUGACGGCCUUGGUGGGGAGCGGGAACAGCCUCCCGUUGGAAGUCACUGGCGAGCCUUCCCUGAUAUGGGGGUCCUGGACGCACACGAGCGGCAAGUGGAAGGCAGACGGGUCGGCGGUGUCUGUGUUCCGAGUGGCCUCCUCCAACCCUUCGGAUCCCAAGCUGGCAGCAGCACGCAAUGGCACCAAACGCCUGCGCACGCUUCGCCACCCGAACGUGCUCAUAUUCAAGGAGACACUCGAGCUGGAAGAAAAGGGCGAGCAGGUCAUCUACCUGAUCACCGAGCCCAUUGUGCCGCUGGCAGAGUUCCUGGAGUCGACGACGCUCACUGGGACAGAUAGGCAGGAGUACCUGACAAUGGGCUUCCAUGCCCUGGUGGCGGCGGUGUCGUUUCUGAACAUCGACUGCAGCCUCAUCCAUGGCAACAUCUGCUCCGGCGCCAUUGCGGUGACGCCCACCCUGGACUGGAAACUGUGCGGCAUGGACCUGCUGACGGAGCAUGCGCAGGUGGGCCCUGCCAGUCCCCUGGCCGCCGCGGCCUGGCUCGUGGCCUCCCAGUACAAGCCGGGGGAGGUGGGGCGCGGGGAGUGGGAGGCGGUGCGCGCCGCGCCGCCCUGGGCGGUCGACGCAUGGGGCCUGGGCUGCCUCAUGCAGGAGCUGUACAGCGGGCAUGCGCUGGAACGGUUGGAGGAUCUGCGGCGGACGGACGUGAUCCCGCCCAGUCUGGUGCAGUGGUACCAGAAGCUGCUGAGCAGUACCCCCGCCCGGCGACUCAGCCCCGCGCGCCUGGUGGAGAGCGGCGUGCUCCGCACCAGCCUGGUCCAGCUCAUGGCCUUUUUGGAGAACCUGGCCCUCAAGGACUCCCAGGAGAAGGACGCCUUCUUCAAGCGCCUGCCGUCCCUGCUGCCCUCCGUGCCCACCCCCGUGGCCCAGCGCAAGCUGCUCCCGCUGCUGGCGGGCGCGCUGGAGUACGGCGGCGCGCCCCACGCUGCGCUGGGCACGCUGCUGACGAUCGGCGAGACGCUGCCGCCCGAGGAGCAGGCGGCGCGCGUGGUGCCCAUCAUCGCCAAGCUCUUCGCCGCCUCCGACCGCAACAUCCGGCGGGGAUUGCUGGAGAACAUCGGGGCCUACGGCGCCAGCCUGCCAGAGGCGCUGGUGGAGGAGCAGAUCUUCAGCCACGUGGCGACGGGGUUCACCGACGGCAACCCCUACCUGCGGGAGCUGACGCUGAAGAGCAUGGUUAUCCUGGGGCCCAAGCUGAGCCAGAAGACGCUCAACCAGGUCCUGCUCAAGCACCUGGCCAAGCUGCAGGUGGACGAGGAGCCCUCCAUCCGGGCCAACACCACGGUCCUGCUGGGCACGCUGGCCACUCACCUGUCCGAGGCGACGUGCCGCAAGGUGCUGCUCAACGCCUUCACGCGCGCGCUGCGGGACGGGUUCCCGCCUGCCCGUGCGGCAGGGCUCAGGGCCAUCAUCGCCACGGCCAAGUUCCACUCGCCGGAGGACGCGGCCACCAGGAUCCUGCCCGCCAUUGGCGCCUUGUGCAUCGACCCCGUUCGUGCCUCGGCCCUGGACUGCCUGGAGCACUUUUCUGCGGUGCUCAAGGCCCACCAGCAGGAUCUGACGGCCCGAGCGGAGGCCAGCACGGCGACCGGCGGCGGCCCCACCGCCUCCUCCUCCGGCGCCGGCAGCGCCACGGCCGGCGGGGGCCUGAUGACUUCCCUGGGCUGGGCCGCCUCCAGCCUGGGCCUGGCCAGGGCCGGCGCAGCGUCCCCUGUCCCCACCGCGGCGGGUGGAUCGGGCCAACCGCUGGGAGCAGACGAGGGCUGGGACGAGGACGACGCCGACGGCCUGGCGGAGCAUGGUGGGUGGCGCAAAAGUUUCCGGCGGGAGUUCUCCAACGGCGGCAUCGGCAUCGUGGAGAUGCUGUUCCGCAGCAACAUCCUGGCCCUGGUGGGGGGCGGCCCCCUGCCCCGCUACCCGCCCAACAAGGUGAUGCUGUGGGACGACCACCAGGGGCGCUGCAUCGGCGAGCUCUCCUUCCGCUCGCGCGUGCGUCGCGUGGCCCUGCGCCGUGACCUGCUGGCCGUGGCCCUGGAGCACAAGGUCCUGGUCUACGCCUUCUCCGACCUGCGCCUGACCGCCAGCGUGGAGACCGCGGCCAACGCGGCGGGCCUGCUGGCGCUGUCCACCGGCCCCGACGCCGCGCUGCUGGCCUGCCCCGGGCUGCACAGCGGGCAGGUGCGGCUGGAGGCGUACGCGACGCGGCGCACGCGCUUCGUCCAGGCGCACUCUGGCGCGCUGGGCGCGCUGUGCCUCACACCCUCGGGCAAGCACCUGGCCACCGCCUCGGAGCGCGGCACGCUGCUCCGCGUCUGGAGCACCGCCGACGGCACGCGGCUGCAGGAGCUACGCCGCGGCACCGACGCCGCGCGCAUCCACUCCCUGGCCUUCAGCGGGGGGAGGGGGGCGCUGGCCGCCACGCCCCCGGAGUGGCUGGCGGUCACCAGCGACCGCGGCACCGCGCACGUCUUCUCCCUGCGGCGGGGGCAGGGCGUGGGGCCGGCGGGGGACCGGGCCGAUGGCGGUGGCGGCGCGCAGCAGCAGCAGCAGCCGGAGGGGAGGGCCAACCCCACCUCCAAGCUCGCCUUUGUCAGCUCGUACCUGCCCCUCGCCGCGGGCUACUUCUCCUCGGAGCGCUCCUUUGCCCAGUUCCACCUCCCCGACGGCGCGCCGACCGUAGUGGGGUUUGGGCAGGAGCCGGGGACCCUGCUCCUGCUCUCCUCCUCGGGCCUCUUCUACAACCUGGCGUUCGACCCCCUAGUGGGGGGGGCCUGCGAGCAGGUGUCCUGCGUGCAGUUCAUGGAGGAGGCCCCACGCCAGGGUGGGGGCUAUUGA